AUGCGGCGGGCGGCGGCGCUGGUGCUGCUGGCGGCGGCGCUGAGCGGCCCCGGGGCCGGUGCGCGGAGCUGCCCCGCGCUCAGCCUGGGCUGCAAGUGCGCGGCCGAGCGGGCCAAGGCGGGCGGCGGCCCCGGCGCGCCCCGGCGGAGGGUGGUCUGCAGCGGCGGGGGGCUCCCCGCGCCGCCCGAGCCGCGCCUGCUGCCCGAGGGCACCGUCACGCUGCUGCUGAGCAACAACAAGAUCACGGUGCUGGAGAACGGCUCCUUCUUCGGGCUGCGGGCUCUGGAGAAGCUGGACCUGAAGAACAACCUGAUCAGCACAGUCCAGCCAGGCGCCUUCCUCGGCCUCCCCGAGCUGAAGCGGCUGGACCUCUCCAACAACCGCAUCGGCUGCCUGAGUGCCAGCGUCUUCCAGGGGCUCCCCAGCCUCCUCCGACUGAACAUGUCCGGAAACAUCUUCUCCAGCCUCCCGCCCGGUGUUUUUGACGAGCUCCCCUCCCUGAAAGUCGUGGACUUUGCCACCGAGUACCUGACGUGCGACUGCAACCUGCGCUGGGUGCUGCGCUGGGCCCGCGAGCGGCCGGCGCAGAUCUCGGAGCGGACGGCGUGCGCGUUCCCCCGGCAGCUGCGCGGCAUCGCCCUGCGAGGGGCGCGGGACGGGCAGCUCCGCUGCGCGGGAGCCCCGGAGCUGCACACCCACCACCUCAUCCCGUCGCUGCGCCAGGUGGUUUUCCAGGGCGACCGGCUGCCCUUCCAGUGCACGGCCACGUACCUGGACAACAGCACCCAGAUCCGCUGGUUCCACAACCGCGAGCCAGUGCAGGAGGAUGAGCAGACCGGCGUCAUCGUGGAGGAGAGCCUCAUCCAUGACUGCACCUUCAUCACCAGCGAGCUCAUCCUCUCCAACAUCCACGUCUCCGCCAACGGCGAGUGGGAAUGCGCCGUCUCCACCUCCCAGGGUAACGUCAGCAAGAAGGUGGAGAUCGUGGUGCUGGAGACCUCUGCGUCCUACUGCCCUGCCGAGCGGGUCACCAACAACCGCGGGGACUUCAGGUGGCCCCGCACCCUGGCAGGGAUCACGGCCUACCAGCCCUGCCUGCAGCACCCGUUCGCCGCCGGGCCGGCGGGCGUGGGCUCGGCGGGAGAGAAGCAGGCGUGGCGGCGCUGUGACCGCACCGGGCGCUGGGAGGACGGCGACUACUCGCACUGCCUCUACACCAACGACAUCACCCGCGUGCUCUACACCUUCGUGCUGAUGCCCAUCAACGCCUCCAACGCCCUGACCCUGGCUCACCAGCUCCGCGUCUACACGGCCGAGGCAGCCAACUUCUCGGACAUGGUUGAUGUCCUCUAUGUGGCACAGAUGAUAGAGAAGUUUAUCGGCUACGUGGACCAGAUUAAGCAGCUGACAGAUGUGAUAGUGGAGAUGGCCAGCAACAUCAUGCUGGUGGACGACCACAUCCUGUGGAUGUCCCAGAAGGAGGAGAAGGCCUGCACCAGCAUCGUGCGCUCCCUGGAGAAGAUCGCAGCCCACACUCUGGGCAGCAACUCCCAGCACAUGGCAGUGAACUCUCGCAACAUCGCCUUCGAGGCGUACGUGGUGAAGCCCGAGAGCUACGUGGGGCUGAGCUGUGUGGCGUUCCAGCGCUGGGAUGGGGCCCCCCCAGGACGAUCCCCCCAGGCCGAGCGGGGGGCCGAGCCCACGCCCGACCAGCAGCUCAGGCUGCGCUGCACCACCGGGCGCCCCAACAUCUCCCUGAGCAGCUUCCACAUCAAGAACAGCAUCGCCCUGGCCUCCAUCCAGCUGCCCCCCAGCCUGUUCGCCAGCCCCGCCCCAGCCACGCCGGGAGCCGACUGCAAGCUCCAGCUGCUGGUGUUCCGCAACGGGAAACUCUUCUGCAGCACCGGGAACUCCUCCCGCCUGGCCGACGAUGGCAAACGCCGCAGCGUGGCCACCCCAGUCAUCUACGCCGGGACCUAUGGCUGUGGAGUGGGGAACCUGUCAGAGCCGGUGGCCGUGUCCCUGCGACACCCCGGGGAGGGCACGGACCCCGUGGCUGCCUACUGGAACUUCGAGGUGCUGGGGGGUAUGGGGGGCUGGAGCACCGAGGGGUGCCAGCUGGCUGCCCGCGAGCCCAAUGUCACCUCCCUGCACUGCCGGCACCUCAGCAACGUGGCCGUGCUCAUGGAGCUCAGUGGGUUCCCCAGCGAGGCACAAGGCGCUGUGGAGGUGCUGCACCCGGCCAUGUACACCUGCACGGCCGUGCUGCUGCUCUGCCUCUUCACCACCAUCAUCACCUACAUCGUCCACCACGGCACCAUCCUCAUCCCGCGGAAAGGCUGGCACAUGCUGCUUAACCUCUGCUUCCACAUCGCCAUGACGGCCGCCGUGUUCGCGGGAGGCAUCACCCUCACCGGCUACCGGGCCGUGUGCCAGGCCGUCGGCAUCAUCUUGCACUACUCGUCCCUCUCCACGCUGCUCUGGAUGGCCGUGAAAGCCCGAGUGCUCUACAAGGAGGUGACCUGGAAGGCGCCACAGCAGCCGGACAGGGACACGUCCCAGGCAGCCCCCAGACCCAUGCUGAGGUUCUACCUGAUCGCCGGCGGGAUCCCCCUCAUCAUCUGUGGGAUCACAGCAGCUGUCAACAUCCAAAACUACCACGACAACAACCCCUACUGCUGGCUGGUGUGGCGGCCCAGCCUGGGCGCUUUCUACGUCCCCGUGGCUUUCAUCCUGCUCGUCACCUGGAUUUAUUUCCUCUGUGCCGGGCUCAGCCUCCAGUGCCGACCCUCGCCCCAGAAAGCCAUCCCGGAGCCGCUGGAGCCACCGCCACGGCUGGGGGGGACCAGUGACCUCCUGACAGACUCUGGCUCCAUCUCGGUGACGCUGAACUCGGGGCCGCCUUGUCCCGAGGGGGACGGUGUGUACUCUCUGCGGGUGCAGUUCUGGGCGCUGGUGGCCACCCACGCCCUGUACGUGGCCCUGUGGACGUUCGGCGCCAUGGCCGUGUCCCAGCGCUGGUACCUGAACAUCGUCUUCAGCUGCCUCUACGGCGUCACCGCCGUGGCGCUGGGGCUCUUCAUCUUCGCCCACCACUGCCUCCGGCGCCGGGACGUGCUCAGCUCCUGGUUCUCGUGCUGCCCGUCGUACCGGAACGCGCUGCCCAUGCAGGCCUACGUGCACCCCGGGCUGGGGACAGAGGACGGCUCGCAGGUCUUCAUCGGCUGCGAGCCAGAGGCCGCUCGCUCCGGCGCCUCCUCCUCCUCCUCGCCCAGCAGCGCCGGCUCUGCCGGGGGCCGCUGCAAGCUCACCAACCUGCAGGUAGCCCAGAGCCAGGUGGAAACUCGCCCCGCGCCCUGCCCGGAGCCGGACGCUGCCGACGGGAAGCCCGUCAGGCACACCAGCACCAGCAACCUGCACGGCCGCAGGAGCCACCGGGGCAGAACUAAGCCGUGCCGGGACGGGAAGCAUCACCGCUUGAAAAUGCUGCGGGGCCCCUCGGAGCAGCCGUCCAGCGAGAGCGGGAGCCUCCACAACAGCCACUCCGAGAGCUACCCCAGCGGCAGGACCAGCCCGGGCAGCGGCGGCCGCGCGGGGCCGCGGCUGGCACAGGACGGGGACGCGGUGCCCAGCCCCUCGGAGGGCAGCGACGGCGGGCGGAGGGGGCCCGACUUGGCCGAGGCUCGCCGGAGGAGCGGCAGCCGGGACAACCUGCGGCCGGGCGGCGGCGCCGAGAGGGAGGCGAAGCGCCGCUCCUACCCCCUCAACGUGGGCAGCCACAACGGCGGCCUCAAGGGCAGCAAGUACGACAUCAACCUGGCCAGCGCCGACAGCGUGGCCGGCAUGAAGACCGGGCUCUGGAAGAGCGAAACCACCGUGUGAAAGUGGGGAAGGACCAAGGGCGCAGCGU